CAAUGAAAGCACGUCAAGACUCAACUGUCGGAGCUCCCGUCUCUUCUUUCGCGACGUAGGCUGUCGAGAGUGACAUGGAUCCGCUGCGAAGACUUCUAUCCAAACUUUUGACCUGAGAAGAAGUCUACUUCAUUUUAUGUCUUGAGUAAAACUGUUCGUUCGGACCAUGAGUGAGAUGGACGUGGAUCUCCCCACUCCUCCCUCACCCCUCCCCCCUUCCACCCCCCUCAUCCCACAGGGGUCUCCCUCUACCCUGGACACUGCCUCACCUCCCUCCCCUAACCCCCUCCCCCCUGCCUCCCAACCCUCCCUCACCUCGACUCCCUCAGACUCCCCCAAAUUCAUCCCAUCGUCAGUCUCUCGUUCACCUCCUCCCCCCACUUCCUCUCCUCCUCACUCCGUCCCUUCAUCCACUUCCUCUCCUUCUUCUCCUCUCCCCAUCACCCCAAAAUCAUCCUUUCAUUCACCCACUGCCGCCACCUCCACCCCAUCUCCCUCUACCUCUACCCCAUCCACCUCUCCUGCCCCCCGCCGUUGGGGCUCUGCGGCCCCCUCCACCUCUCUAGCCCCCUCGUCCUCUCCAGCCCCCCGACGUCGGGGCUUUGCGGAUCUGGCUAAACGUGUGGUGAUGCAGGAAAGACUGAAGAAAGCUGAGCUGGAGGAGGCUGAAGCGGGUGAGGAAGAUGAGGAUCCUGAGGAGGACUUGUCGUUUAAGGAGAUGGAGGAGAAGGCCACGUCUGGAGAUGCCAGAGCACAGACCAGUCUGGGCAGAUACUACCUGGGGUUGGCUGAGGAGAAGGAGGCGGAGCUUAAUAACCGCCUGGCAGUUGAUUGGCUGGUGCAGGCCGCUAAGCAGGGACGUAAGAGUGCAGCCCGUCUUCUACAGCACUGCUGGAUCCAGAGGAAAGGUAUCAGUGAGGAUAAUGAGGAGGAGGUACGUCGUCUGUCAACAGAGAGCAGGUUUGAGCAGACGGUCCGGAAGGCAGCCAUGAUGAUGUUCAGGAAGUUGAACCCUGACAGGAAGGAGAAGAUGGCUGUGUCUGAGAUGAUGGAGAACGUUGGACAGGUCAACGCUGUGCACGGUGGCGCCACCACGGACCAAACCCAGAAAGUCCUGGAGAACAUGGUCACUGGAGAGACUGGUCAGUUUGUUGACCUGGAUGACUUUGUGGAAAUCACGAAGAGGUAUGCCCAGGGCAUGGCCCCCAGCACCGGCUCGACGCAGAGACAGGACACACCCAAGACCCAGAGCCAGGGCCCUGCACAAACCUCUGGAGAGAAGAGUGGCCUGGUCCCCAAGAAGCCUCAGAAGGGAGUGUGGGGGAUGGGUCGGAGUGACAUGUUGAUGGACACGAGACGACACUUCCUGGUGUUGCAGUACCCUAUCACUGCGGUCAUCGAGGUGAAGGAUCAGCUCAUUGAUUGGGCGUCUCGCGCCGGCGUGCAAUGGCUGAGCACGGUGAUCCCCACGCACCACGUCAACGCGCUCAUCUUCUUCUUCAUCAUCAGUAAUCUGACUGUUGACCUGUUUGCCUUCUUCAUCCCACUCCUCGUCUUUUACCUCUCCUUCAUCUCCAUGGUGAUCUGCACGCUACGCAUCUUCCAGAGCAGCAAGGCGUGGGAGAACUUCAGUGCCCUAACAACUCUGCUGACCAGGUUUGAGCCUGGCCUGGACGUGGAGCAAGCAGAGUCUAACUUUGGCUGGAACAAUCUAGAACCCUACCUCUACUUCCUGAUAUCUGUGUUCUUCAUCAUCUUCUCCUUCCCCGUCGCUGAUAAAGGAUGGAUCCCCUGCUCGGAGCUCUCCACGGUAGCCAUCUUGUUCACGGUGGUCAGCUACAAGAGCCUGAGUCCCUCGGGCGCCACUUACGCCAAACGGGCGCUUAUCACUGAGGUGGCGACGUCUUUGUGUUCUCUGACCAGUCUCCUGCCCCAGAGUGCUGUUCUGCUGAGGAUGCUGAGCCACACUUUCACUACCCUGCCACUAGGGGAGUCAGUGGUGAUGAAGAUCAGUCUGCCCUGCCUGCUAGACCUCUACCUGUACUACCUGUUCUUCAGUAUGGCCAGGCAGCGUGGUUUCCGUGGGACCUACUGUUUCCUGGUCCCCUACCUGGUCUGCUUCCUGUGGUGUGAGUUCUCUGUGGUGCUGCUCCAAAACUCUUCCCCCGUGGGGCUCAUCCGAACCUGCGUUGCCUACUUCCUGUUCCUGUUUGCCUUGCCCGUGCUGGCCGUGGGGCUGGCUGCCAUGGUCCUCAUCCAGCUGAUCAAAUGGUUCCUGGAGCUGGAGCUCACCAAGAUGAUUGUGACGCUGGCCGUGUGUGCAGUGCCGGUGACACUGAGGCUGUGGACGCGCUUCGGCCUGUCGCUCAUGGACGUGUUCCACUCCAUGUCGCAACGCGGCGCCGUCAAGCUCAUCCUAUGCUGCGUCACUAUGGUGAUGCUGUUCUUCUGGACGUACGUCUACCAUUCAGAGGGACUGCAGGGGUAUAACUCUACAUUGACCUGGAGACAGUACGGACAGCUGUGUGGUCCUCCUGCCUGGAAGGUGAAAGGUGUGGCUCAGACACAGAUCUUCUGUACACACCUGGACGGACACCAGGUGACAUGGACCGGUAGGUUCCGGCAGGUGCGUGUAGCGGAAACUGAGAACGGAGCCCAGUCCGUCAUCAACCUGCUGCCGGUGUUCAUGGGAGAUUGGCUACGCUGUCUUUACGGAGAGACCUAUCCUAAAUGUGACCCGCUGCGGAACAACUCCACCAACACCUCCACAUCCUCAACGGCCAACUCCAACACCCCCGACGCCACAGCAACCGUCGCUAAUGCUAACCUCACCGUCGCCGACUACGCCAACACCACAGUGCUUGGAGUUGCCGUGCCGACGGCCGUCCUCCUCCAGCAGCAGGAAGAGGAGGAGCUAUGUGUGAUCAAGGCUUUGGCCAAACACACGUGUCACGUGAAGCGCUACGACAGCUAUGUGUUGGAGGUGGGGGUGGGGAUGCCCGAGGAAGACGGGGUGCCAGAGGACCCGGCCAGAGACAUCAAACUGGUGGCCAGUCAUGAGUUCAGACAGGUGUUGCUGCGCCUGCAGCCCGGCAGCCUGGUGGAGUUCAGCACUACGUUGGAGGGUCGUCUGGGGGGCCAGGUCCCGUCCUUCGAGCUGAAGGCCAUCUACUGUCUGGACUGUGACUCCUCCCUUCUGACCGCUGCCGGACAGGUAAAGAUAGAGAGAGACUGGAGACGGACCACCCUCAACUCCGUCAAGUUCGCAUUCGACUUCUUCUUCUCUCCCUUCCUCUCGGCACGUAUCGACGUGUGACAGGACGAGAAAGGAGAGAAAUGUAGUGACGGGGGGAAAAAUACAAGAGGAAUGGAUGGAUAGAAGGAUUUCAAUUCAAUACAACUUUAUUUUGUCCUGGAAUGUUUUAACGUGUACAAUAGUUUGCCUUGGACCCCCCCCUUCCUGUCCUAAAGGAUCAACGUGUGACCAACCAGUAGUGGAAGAGACAGUGGCAGCCAUUUUUCAAAAUGGACUAGGGUAAAAAAUAGGAAAUGGAUGAAUAAAGGAAUUCAAUUCAAUACAACUUCAUUUGUAGAGCAACUUAGUGAUUAAAGGGAUGGAUUGAUGGACAGAUGGACGGAGGUGUGAAAAGGGGCGUGUCUCUGGUUGGAACACCUGAAGGGAGCGGUUGCUACAGUUACUCAGAUGCUGCUGUUCUCUUCUGGAAGCCAUUUUGUAUAUUUUUUUUUUUCACGAGGUGGCUUGUUACCACGGCAACGAGCUGCGGCAGCAUUUUUACGACGGGAUGGAUGGUUGGGUCAGAUUGUAUCUAAUCGGGCAGAAACACCCGGAGAGCUGAAAUCAAAUGAGGAAGUGGGUCGUCUGUAAACUGCAUUACCUGAAUGUAUCUCCACUGGAAGCUGUCGUUUUUCAACGGGAAACAGUUCACCAAUAGCUAGAGUGGUCUUUAAACGGGGAAACUGGAGGAAGACGCUAGGGAAUAAUGGUGAAUGAAGAUUUCAGAGGAACAGUCCUUACAAAUAUAGUAUUAAGAGUUGUGUAUUUAACUGUCUUUAGGAACACACUCAUGACUUGUGUAUGUAGAAUAUGUAGCAUAUCUAUAGAUCUAUAUUGUACUACAACUACGUAAUCUGUCUGUCUGUCUGUCUGUCUGUCUGUCUGUCUGUCUGUCUGUCUGUCUGUCUGUCUGUCUGUCUGUCUGUCUGUCUGUCUGUCUGUCUGUCUGUCUGUCUGUCUGUCUGUAUUUGCAGUGGUUUAUCUGAAAUGUAGCACUUAGUAACUUUUGGAUGUUUCCCAGCAAGCACAUACCGUUCUGAAAACCAUAUGUUAACCAGAGUGGCACAGCGGUCGUAAGGCACCGCAUCUCAGCGCUAGAGGCGUCACUACAGACCCUGGUUCGAUCCGGGGCCUGUAUCACAACCGGCCGUUAUCGUG